CUUUUUGUAGGAAGUUUGUCUACGUAUUGCGCUCCAUGUUAAACAGCGAUGUUCUUUGGAAACAUUGAAAUUAUAUUUAUUCUGAAUAUCUUUUUGAAUUACUUCUACAAUUUCGAUUAUGUAUCUUUCACGGCAUUUGUUACCAAUUAUAUCGGAUAUAAUGAUCCUAUGAUAUUUAAAUACGAAUUCCCUCAAACUGAAAUAAAACGGGCAAAUUUUCUUGCCAAUAAUGAAUUUCCGGAUAGUUUCCAUUUCGGCGUGGCUACUUCGGCGUAUGAAUGUGAGGGUGCAUGGAAUGUCACUGACAAAGGUGAAUCGAUAUGGGACUAUAUGACACAUUCGAAUUCAAGUUUAAUUUCCGAUCGAACUAAUGGUGACGUUUCUAGCGAUUUUUAUCAUUUGUAUCCAGACGACAUCCAAUUUGCAAGUAAUAUUGGACUUAAUAUGAUAAAAAUUUCAUUAUCCUGGUCCAGAAUAUUGCCGGAUGGUAAUAUCAAUCGCAUCAGUGAUAGCGGUAUAUCAUUUUACAAUCGAGUGAUUGAUGAAAUGCUCGCUAACAAUAUUACACCGAUGAUUUCGUUAUUCGAUGGAGACAUGCCAUAUUUUUUACAAAAGCUAGGUGGUUGGACAGAUCCUGAGAUAGUGGAUGUUUUCGUAGAAUAUGCCUCUGUUGCCUUCAUGUUUUUUGGAGAUAGAGUGAAAUAUUGGGUUACUAUAGCCGAACCAACUAAGAUAUGUCGGUUUGGAUAUGGUGGAAUAGAUAUUCCGGCCAUGAACAUGCCAGGCGUCGCGGAUUAUUUGUGCGGGCAUCAUAUGUUAUUGGCUCACUCUAAAGUAUAUGAAUUAUAUCAUCAAGAAUAUAAUCCGCAAGGAAAUAACGGAAAGUUAGGAAUAAUUAAUUACUACACAUGGUUUGUACCUGAACGAAAUACUUCGGAGCUUGAUGUAGCUGCCGCAGAAAGGGCGCAUAAAUUUUACAAUGAUUGGCUCACAUAUCCGAUAUUCAGUCAAACCGGUGAUUAUCCGGAAAUCAUGCAGUUGUUAAUAGAUUAUAAAAGUUAUAUAGCAGGUUUCCCUUUGUCGCGCCUUCCAGUUUUCUCACCCCCAGAAAUCGAAAGAAUUAGAGGAUCUGCCGAUUUUUUAGGAAUUAAUUAUUAUACCGCAACUUCAGUGGAAGAUUAUAAUGAUGACACCAAACCCGUAUCGUUUGAUAAAGACGCAGACAUUCGCCAGGUCGAGACCGAUCGUUGGAUCGGCGAAACGAAAAUUAAGAUCACGCCAUGGGGAUUAACGAAAUUAUUGCAUCGUUUGAAUAAUGAUUAUUUGUUGCCUGAAAUUUGGAUCACAAACGGUUACGCAGAUUCCGGCAGUAUUAUGGAUUGGGGAAGAGUAGUUUAUCAUCACAAAUAUUUAAAAGCGGUUUUAAAAGCUAUGCAAGACGGCAUUGACAUCCAGGGUUAUCUGGUCAAAUCCUUGACAGAUGGUUUUGAAGAAAUGGAUGGAUACAAGAUGAAAUUCGGCUUAUUUCACGUUGCCUUUAACACUAGCGAUCGUACAAGAUUGUUUAAACUAUCUACGGUUUUAAUAAACGACGUUGCCAAGACGAGAAUAAUAAGACCGUUAAAAGAGGUCUAUGCAGAUAUAGAGAAGUUUGCAAAACAAUUGGAAAUAAGUAAAAUUGUAGAAUUUAUAGUAGAAUUUGAACAAUGGGAUUCUGCUUUAUAUCCAUCAUUUUAAAGUGGCUUGAUAUAUAAUUACAGUUUUUAUUGCAAAAGUUUAAGUAAAACUAUAAUUGUAUAUUAUAUACCACGAA